AUGACCACAGACUCAGGAAUGUCCUCUCCAUUCCCUAAUGAACUGGUCGACAUUGUUAUCCGGCAGCUCGCUGCAGAGGAGGACAGCAAAUUCCUUUCUGCAGCCGCCCUGGUGAACAGAAACACCGCCUCCAUCGUCCGAAAGCUCCGUUUCAGCGUUUUGGCUCUGGGACCUCAUCGCGGGGAGGAACGCUGUGCUCGCCUUUGGGACCUGAUACAGACCAACCCAACGCUGGUGCACAACGUGGAGUCAUUGACAUUGAUAGACGAUUCGAGCGAAGCGGACGAGGUGAACGCGCCGAGCUGCGGGUGGGUUACCACGGAUUCCACGUACACGAAAUUGGGAGACGUCCUGAAGGCUCUGGCGGGGAACCUGACUACUCUGGAGGUUCAGUCAUCGUGCCUUCAGUGGCAUUAUGUCGAAGAAGACGUGCAGGAAGCUCUAUUUGACCUCUUUGCGGCCCCGACGUUGACGACCCUGCGGUUGGUUGGGAUUCUGGGCAUGGAGAUCACGCCUAUCCUCGACUGCAGCAAUCUCAAGCGGUUGUCGUUAAAGCGCGUAACGAUCAUAGAGAACGAAGAGGACCUUGAAGCUGAAGAAGAGACGCGGCCGGAUGGGGAGGUGGGCCAGUUGGAAGUCCUCGAGGUUGUUGAGUCCGACGAAUGGGCUUUUUAUUUCCUCGUGUCCUCCCUUCUGCGCGCCGACGCAAAGUUGUCUCUUCGAAAUCUUCAGAGGCUGGUCAUCGCUAUGGAAAACCCGCGCAAAUCUUCUCCAAAUACGACUGUGCUGGAUAAGGCACUGGACCAACUUGCCGGUAUCCCGCUUAAUUCUCUCCGCGUAGAACACGCGUCGCACCCUUCCUUUCAAAUUGACCAGAGGACUUGUGUAUUCACCAGGUGGCCGAAUCUUCGUUCGCUGGAGAUCGCUGUCAAACCUUUAAAUGGGGUAGAGUCGUGGAUAUCGCCAGUCUCACAAGCACUGCACCGAAUGAGAGCUCUCGAGGAUCUGACGUUGGAAGUAGAUCACUCUGAUCUAAGACCGCAUGCGACCCAGAGGAUUGGUGUCUGGCAGGAGUUGGAGUCGGUCUUGAUGCUGCGAGACUCGUUCCGGCGUCUCGUUGUGAUCAUCAACAUGGAUAAAUCUUUACAGGAGCACGCGGCCAUGGAGGAUACGCUGAAAUCAUGCAUGUCUUCCCUUUUCAAGGACGGGAAGGUUCAAGUUAUUGUCAAGUGGAGACAUGUUCAGAUGAAGACGUCCAGGGCUGUUUGA